GGUUGGACCGAAUUUGAGAGGUGCUGUCGGAACAGUCAGCCUGGUUGCAGCCAGCAGGCUAUAUGUAGACAGCAGUGGGUUUAAUCCAUCCAGAGACAUGCAUAGGAAGUGACGAUUCUCCGCCUGUCAUCCUGGUUGUGACAAAGCAAUGAAACACGCCGAAGAAGACGAGCUCGAGACCCGAUUUGAUGCCGCAGUGCGAGUGAUACGGAGUUUACCCGAAGAUGGUCCAUAUCAGCCGGCAGAUGGCAUGAUGCUCAUGUUUUAUAGUUACUACAAGCAGGCUGCGCUUGGGCCAUGUAAUAUUCCAAGACCCACAGGAUACUGGGACACUGCAGGCAAAGCCAAGUGGGACGCAUGGAACUCACUGGGGAAUAUGUCAAAGGAGGAAGCCAUGCAAGCGUACGUCAAUGACAUUCAGCUGAUUCUGGAGACUCUUCCAGUCACAGAGGAGGUGUCUGAUCUGCUGGAGGCUCUUGGGGGGUAUUUCUUCGAAGAAGUGGAGGGAGGAGUGGAGGAAGAGAAGGAGGAGGACAAGAGGGCCUACAGCAGGCCUUUCGCAGCAGCUGCAGGCUUUGGGAGUCUGGAAAUCUGGAAGGAUAUUCAAACCAUAGUCCCAGAAAGCAAAAUAAAUGGCAUGACUAUGACUGACAAGGAGGAAAGCAAAGAGGAAAGCAAAAGCACUGAUAAAGAGGAGGAGGAGGAGGAGAAAGUGGACAGUGAUGAGGAGGAGGAAGAGGAGAAGGAGGAGAAGGAGGAGGAGGAGGAGAAAGUGGACAGUGAUGAGGAGGAAGAUGCAGAUGAUGAAGCGGAGGAGGAGAGAGAGAGGAAGUCCCCAGGCCCUGACAUAAAUCUGCUCAGGGUGAAGGACAGCAGGUGGAGGUCAGAGGUCAGCUCGUCCAACGGCAGUGUGGAGCCCAGCGUCUCCUCCAUGACCAACGGGACACAGAGCUCCCUCAACAGUGAGGUGGAGGAAGAGGAACUGGCCUACUCCAAAGAUCCCCUCCCGGAGAACCGCUACAGGCAUCUGAACAGACACCUCAGUGAGCGUCUUCGAAUCAACGACUCGGACAAUGAGGAAUUCUGUGAUUCAAUGGAACAUUUAGCCAUGGAGGAGGAAUCGGGAAUACCCAGAGUACACUCCUCCGGGACAAGGGCAAGUCAAACUAAGAGGAGGAGUCUUCAGGGAGAGACCCUGGAUGAGGACCUAAGUCUCCAGGAAGACUCCCCUCACAGGGAGGGGCUUCAUACAGAACGACGUGACAGUUGCUGGUCAAUGAGUGGAAUAGGUUCCAGGUCAUCGGGACUAGGUUGCGGGUCACAGCUUUCUACCAGUGGAAAUGCUGCAGAGGGCUGGGUUAUGCAGAACAGGACUGAGGCUGUUGCCAGUGGUAACCUUAACGAGCACAUCGCCAUGGCACUGACCAGGCUGCAGGAGGACAUGGCUAACGUGCUUCAGAGGCUUAACACUCUGGAGGCCCUGACCACAUUACAGACUAGAUCACUUUCUCAGGCUAGACAAGAUGACUCCUUAUCCCUAGCAAGAAAGAGUCCUUCGUGGUGGCCUUUGCACCUGUCUCCUACCACUGUGGUGUUUGCUACAGUCUGGCCUUUGAUUUCUCAUUGGAUGGUUCAUAUUUACCUGCAACGAAAGAGGAAAAAGAUAAGCUGAGGAUCGAGUGGGUUAUUCAAGCAAGCCAAACUCUAAGAGAAUUGCCUGUACUUUUGUAUCGAAAUUGUACUUUUCAUUUAAAUUCUCUAAAUGUCACUGUUUGGCACUGGACACCAGCUGUAAUUGUACAGGGAGGUGAUUUGUAAUACAUAAUUCACAAUUUAUUUUUUAUUUAAACAUUGUCUGGAUUUACAGGCACAAUACAAGGUUUGUUUACCACGUGAAAAAUAUGUAAUAUUAUUUUGAUACCCCACUAAUGCCAUACAAUAUUGUAUAUAGCAUUAGUGGAUCGGUUUCCCAGAUUGCCAUUGGACUAAAAAGCACUUUCAAUGCUUUCAAUGGGGAUUCUCCAUUGAAGUCCAAGAGAUAGGCUCUUAUAGCUUAAUAUUUUCUUAACACAUGACAUAGUGAACCACUAACUUGCUUGAUCAUUUGCUCUAAUUUAAAACAGGGUGCAGCGCAAUAUAUAUUACACCCUUUGUCACUUAGAAUGACAUGAUGUUUCCGUUUCUCGAAAAUAGGCAAUACAUGAAUGUUUGUCAAAUGUAUACACAUAAAAGUAGUGUUCAUUGGCCUCCAAACAAAACAUCACAAGUUUUACAUGGCACUGCCUGAGGGGGAUCAAGACAUAAUAGAUCUAUUGAUGUGGUGUUGAGGUCCAAGAACAUAACUAGAUUUUAUACAGUAUUUAUUAACCAUAUUAUAGUACAUACUUAAGCGUACUCCUACUUGACAUUGAUGAAUAACCUUCAACUAACCACUAAUGGAUUAUAUAUUCAUAUUUUAUUCCCAAUAUACGUAAAUAUUUCAGAAUGUUUUAGCAAAGAAAUCCCUGAAGAACAUACAACUUUCAUUAAUACAGAGGGAUGAGGAAGGUUUCUGUGUGGAUCAAAGGCUGAACAUUAUUGUACAAUAUCUGCUGUCUAUUAUCAUUUGCAAUGAGCCCAAAUCAUUCACUUCCAGAAAUAAAUCCUUUAGGGUUUGUAGAAAUGUUAUAUUUUCCUAAUCUUAUGUAGAGAUUGAAGUUUUUUUUUCUUCCUGUGAACACAUUGUGUAAUUUAUGAGUAAUGAAUGAUAGGAAACAACACUAUAGUGCAAAAUAUUGUAUUUGUUGUAUUUAAUUCAAUUACAAGAAUGUAUCUAAGUAGCCAAUUGAUGAUUAUACAAUUAUAACCUGAGAUGCAUCUGCAAGUUGCAAUAAAGCCUUGUUCACACUGCAGACCUUA